CAGCUCAUAGGUCUGCGGGCGCAGCGGAGACACUGAGUCAUGGCGAACUAGAUUAUGGACGGAAUUUUACUGAACCUUUGACGCAACUUGGCCUUUUUUUUUUUAACGCGUAAACCCGUUUUCAUAGACUAAAAUGCGUCGACUGCGCCAAGGGACCGUCGCUCUGAAUGUGGUUUUGCUGCAGUAUUUUGUCGUUUGUUUUGCCCCUUCCCUCGUCUCCUCCAUCACCGUGCGUUCUCCAGCAGAAAUCCAUGCAUCUAAAGGGGAUGCCGUCACACUGUCCUGCACUUUCACUUCUAGCAGUAGGCCGACCAGUAAAAUGACUGUCGACUGGUCUUACAGGCCCCAGAGUGGAGGACCACCACAGACAUUUUUCCACUUCUCCUCACGGGCAUUCCCCCCACACGAAGGUCAGUUCGCUGGUCGUAUCCGGUGGCAGGGAAGCCCGACGCGUGGGGAAGCCUCCAUCUCUUUGAUCAACGCCACAUUGAAUGAUAAUGGGACCUAUACAUGCUCAGUCAGAAACCCUCCUGAUGUUCAUGGGUCCCCAGCUUCACACACCGUACUCACGGUCACACCAAAGCCCCCCAGCAUUCGCUUCACUGAUGUGGCAGUCCUCCUCGCUUUCAUCCUCUUCCCCUCCGCCAUCAUCACCCUCAUUCUGAUUGGACGGAUGUUCUGUCCCAAGAAACAAAGCAACCAAUCGAAGGCCUACAGAUCACCCAUAGAGGUCACAGAGGGAGAGGAGUACGGCAUCCACCCACCGGGGGACAAAGUAAAGAGGGCCACAUGCUGUGACCUAUGUUUCAUGGAGUCAGAGGACGAAGGGGAGUAUUACACCCUAAAAAAGAGGCCUCCCAUAGAUGAAGGCUAUGCAGAGUCUCAGUGCUAGAGAACCCUGGUGGUCGGGAAAUGUAACUGCAAAAUCUGGACCCGCUGGCGCCUUACAGAUGGGAGGUACUGAAUGGAAAUCAAUGUCUUCCAUGUCACCAUCAACCACUCACUCACGCAGUCACUUUGGUGAUGCAGUUUCUUUUUUGUGGUGUGACCACCUUUUUAUUUGUGUCUUGAGACAAUCUGAAUUAUUCAUCACCAGUAUGAUAUUCACACACAUUCAAAAUCCAGUACGCCAGUAAUUUGAUUGACCAUUUGUCUGCAACCCCCUAAAUUUCCAAAGACUUCCCGAAAAUCAAUUCACAGCUACUGUACCACUGUGCUGGGGAAAAAAAAAACAGAGGUAUUAAUUCUUAUAUUUGACAGCUUGUGGUUUUGAUCAGAUAUUAUUUCUUUAUUGUGUCUGUCCAGGCAGGUAUCACUCUGUCGGGUGUGUCAGGCACCAGCUGACCCUGUGCAUGUAAACACAAACACACAGAUAAACAUUAUAUGUAUUUUUGUAUAGUGAUGAUUUAUAUGUUUCACUUUCUUAUUGUGAAGGAGAUAGAUAUGUUUUGUCUAAUUUAUUGCCUGUGUCUGAGCGGCUGUGUGAAAUCUGUGGAUGUCUUUGUUGAGCUGUAGUGGAAUAUUUCGGUUAUAUCCUUAAUUUUUGGAGAGAAAAUAAAUGGUUUGAUUUGGAUGGUUAGUUGAAACCACUUAAUACUAUUUAUACCUAACACUGUACAUACAGUAUAUCUGAUCUCUUCAGUCUUCUGUAUAUCACUGUAUACUUUGGGGCUGUGUGGAUGUGCUCUGUCAUGGAUAUGGACUGAGCCUUGGUUUCGGAUCCAAAGCUCGCUUGUGUUGUUAAUUUUUUUUUUUUAAAAACAUAUUUUGCCUAAAUAAAUUGUUUAUGAGCUGA